GCUGCGUGCCAGCUUUCCUGCCAUUCUGAGCUCCACUGCCACUGAUCCUUGGGUUUCGCUGUAGAGCUGUCACAAUCUGCUCCGCUUUCUUCCUUCUCGUUGAACUCCGGAUGUCCUCCGCUUUCCCCAAGGCAUCACCAACAUUCUGUGACUGUUAAAAAAAGAGACUUCUGCCUCGCUUUGUCAACUUUUGGACUGUCCAGGGGUGUCCCACUUCCUGCUCCAGAGUUUGAGAGGUGGUGAAGCAGGGGGUUCCUCGCAACUACUGAGAAUCCCUCAUCUCCCAGCAUGCCCCAUUCCAUGCAGCAGAAACACGCCCAACAGAUGCUUGUUCUUUGUCAGGGUAUAAACGGCUCAAGGGAGGACGGACCAGCUCCCCCCAGCUGGAGCCACAAACGAAGUUACCCAGAUCUCGGAAAAAUGGCUUGUGCAGCCGACAGCUGCAUCCAAUUCACGCGUCAUGCAAGUGAUGUUCUGCUCAACCUGAACCGAAUGCGUAGCAGAGAUAUCCUUACAGAUGUCACGAUUCUGGUCAACAGACAACAGUUUCGAGCACACAAAACGGUCCUUAUGGCAUGCAGUGGGCUCUUCUACUCAAUCUUUACUGAUUCACACAAAUGUAACCUGAACGCCAUCAGUCUGGACCCGAAGGUCGACCCAGAGGGUUUCGCAAUCCUCCUGGAGUUCAUGUACACUUCACGUCUCGCACUGAAGGAGAGCCUCAUCAUGGCCAUCAUGAACACAGCCAUCUAUUUACAGAUGGACCACGUUGUUGACACCUGCCACAGAUUCAUAAAGUCCAGUGACACCUCCAUAAAACUUCCCAGGGAGGACUUUCUUGUCAGCCCCCUGCUUUUACCUCAAGAUGUUCACAGCUACAGACCCCAUGAGGUGCUGGAAAAUGUUCCUGGACGGUCAGCUGCUUUCAGAGAUGGGAGACCCUAUGGUGUCUGCAUGUUUAACGGGGUCAACGCUCCUAACAGCUCGUACCUUUACAGCCAGUUUCCAAUGCAAGGUUUUCCCUUCCCUCUUUGCAAGCUGACAGACACCAAAAACACUUUCUCAGACUUCUCAAAGGGAGGCAUCAUACAUCACAAACACUGCUCGCCGGCUGAUGGCAACAUCCCCAUCCUGGCCGACUUCACCCGCAGCGCCACCGGCGGGAGCUCAACCGCUUGCCAUGGCAGCUCAUACUCCUCGAGAGAGCUGGGAAGAGAUGAGGAAAUGAAGCGGGAGACCUUGGAGGGAGGGGUCCAUUCGAUUGGGAUGAGCUCCAGAAAGCACAGCUUCACCAGCGUGGCCCAGGAGCAGCAGAGGGAGACUGGGAAAGAGCAGAGUUCCCUGGCAGAGGAACAUUUGAGCCACCAACACUACUCCAUGGGCAUAUCCUCUAAUGGACGCAAAACCUUGAUGAGCAGUCCUCAGAGCCCCCUCAAGUCAGACUGCCAGCCUAAUUCCCCAACGGAAUCGAGCAGCAGCAAAAACGCUGCCCUCACGCAGGCCUCGCAACCUCCAACAUCUCAAGGUACUCAAGACCCUAAAGCUCGUAACUGGAAGAAAUACAAAUUCAUUGUUCUCAAUCAGAGCUCCAAGGAGGAGGAGACCAGUCCUCAUGACCCUGGAAUGCACUCCCCGCAGAGGCCGAGCUUGUCUGCUUUUCUUCACCACGUUGAUUCUGAACAUCCCGACUCGAAGGCGACAACAAAGAUCAGCGAGCAAGGCGAGGACUUCACUGUGCCUCAGGCCAGUCGCCUCAACAACAUCAUCAACAGCAGAACUCUAGAGGGAUCACAGAGGAACAGGGACAGCCACUCUUCGCUCUAUAUGAGCCAUUUAAAAUGCUCGUCCUGUGGCUCCCAGUCUCCACAGCACUCUGAAGUCUGUCCCAACACGUCCACCUCACGUCUGGCCGAGGAAAUGUCUGAGAUGCACUCCGAGUACUCUGAUUCCAGCUGUGAAAAUGGAACAUACUUUUGUAAUGAAUGCGACUCCAAGUUUGCAGAGGAGGAAGCCUUGAAACGCCACACGCUUCAGGUCCACAGCGACAAGCCAUACAAAUGUGACCGUUGCCAAGCAGCAUUCCGCUACAAGGGAAACCUUGCCAGUCACAAAACAGUUCACACCGGAGAGAAACCGUAUAGAUGCAAUAUCUGCGGGGCUCAGUUCAACAGACCAGCUAACCUCAAAACCCACACACGAAUUCACUCAGGAGAAAAGCCAUACAAGUGUGAGACCUGCGGCGCUAGAUUUGUGCAGGUUGCUCACCUUCGGGCUCACGUUCUGAUUCAUACCGGAGAGAAGCCAUAUCCAUGCGAGAUCUGUGGCACUCGUUUCCGCCAUUUGCAGACACUGAAAAGUCACCUGCGAAUACACACGGGAGAAAAGCCCUAUCAUUGUGAGAAAUGCAACUUGCAUUUUCGCCACAAGAGUCAGCUGCGGUUACACCUGCGGCAGAAGCAUGGCGCAAUCACCAACACCAAGAUCCAAUAUCGCAUGUCCUCGACAGACCUGCCGUCCGACUUGAUGAAGGCAUGCUGAGCAGGCACUUAGUGGCAGACCAGACCAUGGCAUUAUAUAACCUGACUUGUACAAUCAUUCAAAAUUUUAGUGCCACACUGUGUUAUUCGGACUAAUUUUUUUUAAUUAAAAUAACAUUUAAAAACUGGCAAGAAAUGCCAGUCUAAACGGGUUUCCUCUACAUUUGAAAAUAGAACCACAAUAUGGUCUCUAGUAGUCACUUUAUUGUUUAUAUUUACAUACAUACAUAUAUAUAUAUAUAUAUAUAUAUAUAUAUAUAUAUAUUAAUGUUAGGAUGUUAUGUUUUGUUUUGAGUUAUAUAUACAUGUGUGUAUAUAUAUAUAUAUAUAUAUAUAUAUAUAUGAAAGCUUUAUUUUGUUGGAAGAAGGAUGCAAUGUAAAACGUUUAAAUCCAGUUUUUGAAAAUACAGUAUUUUCUAACAAAAAAAAAAAAAAACUUUUCUGAAGGAAUUGGGGAUGUUGAUUGAGGUUGCAAUAUUUUAAGUCGAAACACAUUUCUCGCAAAGCAAAGAAUUGUGUCUCUAUAGAUUUUUAUAUGUAAAUGUACAGGCUACACUAUGUUGGAAUAACCUCAUUUAAGAGGAACUCCUAACUGUGACUAUAGCAUUGAAUAUCUUUCUUGGUUUUUGACGUGUACUUUUGAGAUUAAUGGCUGCUCUCUCAAAUGGAAAACAUGCAUGAGGUGGGUUGCCACUGAUAAACUUUCACCAUGUAGGCAACUGCAUAAAUAUUGUGACAAAGUGUAAUUACUUUACAUCAAGAUUGCUCUCUGCUGGCAGAGCCGAUCUGUAAUUACAUGGUAACAUAUGCAUUCAAAAGUAAUAAUGAUGAUAAUAAUAAUAAUAAAAGAAAAGGUACUGCUAUGUUAUGACCAAGGAGAUAUUUUGCUUAAGAUGUAUUUGUAUAGAAACGUGACGUUUUAUUUCUUUUGGCAAGUGAAGGUUUACAGUUUUGUCAUUGUUCUAGAAGCUACGUAAAAAGGUUAUACUAUUGUCUUUCUUUUCUUUUCUUUUCGUCUGUGUAUACACUGUGUACUCAAGGUGCCUUUCUCAAUGGUGUCUGAAUUUCUUUUCAUUCAGUCCAGCUCUACUAAGGUACAACUGAAGGGCGACAUGUCCUUUUUUCCCUUUCGAGCGAGAAAACUUGUGAGAAUGUUUUUGUGACAGAAGAACGGUGUGAGUGUGUGUGCAUGUGUGCUUUAUAAAUGCUUUUCACACACCUCAAGAAAAAAAAUUCAGCUCAUUGCGUGAGCUAUACAUCUUCAGGACUUGUUUUGGGAUUGGGCUUUUUUAAAAUAAUAAUAAAAAAAUGCAUUAAGCUUACUGUAAAAUAUAGAUGUAUGAAUGUAUAAUAAAAGUAUUGGAUUUCUAUGUCUAA